AUGUGACAUUUCUCACUGCCUGCUUGUUUUGGUUAUAGUCGUACGUGUAUUUUUUGGCAAAUUUUGUUUCCUUACUACCAUAUGACCAAUUAAUUAGCUUUGAAAUUUGACUAAAAAAAUAUGUAUCAUGUGAUAUAAUAAUUGCAUUGUGUUUUUUAAGCUGAUUUCUUAGUGAAACUUUGAAUUGUUUGUGACGAAGUAAUCAUGGCAGAAUUUAUACCUUUUUUCGUUGACCGAGCUAAAGGAGGGCGAGCUUCUUGCAAAGGAUGUAAACAGAACUGUCCCAGUGGUGAGUUACGUAUGGCUAAGGUGGUGCCCAGUCCAUAUGGAGAGGGCCAACAAAUGAAAUCCUGGCACCAUGUCGACUGCCUAAUGAACGCUCUUCUCAAGCAACGGCCUACUACAAAACGUAUAGAUUCGAUCGACGAUAUCGGUAACUGGGAGACCCUAAGCAAAGAUGAUCAAGAAUCUAUACUCAAAAAGAUAAAUGAUAUGGAAAAGCUGUACGAAGAGAAGAACAGUGGUAAAUAUACAGCAAAAGUAAUCAAAAAUGAAUCUCCUUUUCAAAAGAAUGCUAACUCGACUACAAAUACCUCUUCUGAUGCCAAAGUGCCAAGUCCAAGCAAAAUUGUAGUUGUGGAAGAUAACAAAUUCUCCAUGUUUGCAAAGCUGUGUAAGAAAAUAGCAAGAGUAGACGCUUAUACAGAUAAAACAUCAACUGUAAACAAUUUCUUCAGAAAUGGGUCUGAUGAUAAAGAAUUCAAAGGAGAUAUAGCCUUAUGGUGUAAACUUUUAUUGCCACAAGUAAGUAAACGGGUCUAUAAUUUAAAAAGUAAACAACUUGUCAAACUAUUUUCUAGAAUAUUUAAUACUGAUCAUGACGAUAUGUUGACACAUUUGGAAAAUGGUGAUGUAGCAGAUACUAUACAACAUUUCUUUUCAAAAUCAAAGUCAUAUACUCCAAAAUCUGAAAGUACACUAAGUAUCCAUGAAGUAGAAGAUUUUCUUCAAGACCUUUCAAAAUUGACAAAAGAAGAGGAACAAAUAUAUCAUUUCAAGAAAAUUGUAAAGAAAUGUUCUUUAGAAGAUAUGAAAAUGUUAAUCCGGUUAAUUAAAGGAGAUUUGAGAAUAAAUGCCGGACCUAAACAUAUUUUAGAAGGAGUGCACCCAGAUGCGUACACUGCAUUUCAAACAUCUAGAGAUCUUAACAUGGUUUUAGACAGAGUCCUAUCACAAAGCAGUGGAGUCAAACACAAAGAUGCAUCACAGAAAAGUGUUGAAGCUAAAAUUGUUCUAAUGACCCCCGUAUUGCCAAUGCUUGCUGAAGCUUGCAAAUCUGUUGAAAUGGCCAUGAAGAAAUGUCCAAAUGGUAUGUUCUCCGAAAUCAAAUAUGACGGUGAAAGAGUUCAAGUUCAUAAAAAAGGAAAUGAGUUUAAAUAUUUCUCGAGGGCGUUAAAACCAGUUAUGGCACAUAAAGUGAGUCAUUUCAGAGACUAUUUGCCGCAAGCUUUUCCGAAAGGGGUGGACAUGAUUUUAGAUGCUGAAGUUUUGAUGGUUGAUGUUAAUACUGGGAAGCCUUUGCCAUUUGGAACUUUAGGUAUUCAUAAACAGUCAGAGUUCAAAGAUGCUCAAGUCUGCUUGUUUGUAUUUGACUGCUUAUACUACAAUGGAAAAGUAUUGAUUGAUAUGCCUAUAAGAAAAAGGAGACAGAUUCUUCAAGAACACAUGGUCGAAGUGACAAACCAUGUAAUGUUUUCAGAACAAGAAUUGAUACAAAAGCCAUCUGAUUUAGCCAAAAUGAUUGCUAAGGUUCUGCAACUAGGUUUAGAAGGCUUAGUAUUGAAAGACUUGGAGUCCACUUAUGAGCCUGGUAAGAGACACUGGCUGAAGGUGAAGAAAGAUUAUCUAUUUGAUGGUGCAAUGGCUGACACUGCUGAUUUAGUUGUACUGGGAGCUUGGUUCGGCACAGGCAAAAAAGGCGGCAUGAUGUCAGUUUUCUUAAUGGGUUGUUUGGACACUCACAGAAAUAAGUGGGUGACAGUUACAAAAGUCCACACAGGUCACGACGACAGCACAUUGGAAAGGCUUCAAAAGGAGUUAGCGCCUCUUAUGGUGAAGAUAUCACAAGAAUAUUCCAAAGUUCCUAGUUGGUUGGACUGUAACAAGGGAAUGGUUCCAGACUUCAUUGCUUCAGAUCCUAAGAAACAACCUAUCUGGGAAAUAACUGGCACGGAGUUAACAAAAGCAAAUUUACACACAGCAGACGGUAUAUCUGUAAGAUUUCCCCGCGUGACACGGAUAAGGCACGACAAGGAUUGGCAAUCGGCAACCAAUUUGGACGAGCUUAAACAUUUGUACAAAACAUCAAAGGAAAAAACAGACGUGACCUUGCUAAACAAAUUGGCCGCCACCGCUUCAGAAACUGACUCCUACGAGCCACCUAAAAAGAAAAUCAAAGAUAGUCCCAAAAAGGAUAACAUUAAAACUAAGACAAUUGACAGUUUCUUGAUCAAAGACAAGUUACCUAAAAUAAAGAAAGAAGACAGUGCCAAUACGUCAAAGUCGUCAGAAUCUAGUGACAACAGCAAAGGGGAUAGUGACCGAAAAGUCAAACCAAAGAAAAAAGAUAACAUUAGCAGAAAUACUUCGAAAUCAUCAGAAGCAGAUACUAGCGGAAGCACGAUAGUAGACGAAACAGAAUAUGAAGACAUUAAUAUGCAACGGUUACCUAAAAACCCAUUACCAGAUGCAUUUCUACACAAAAGGUUGGGUUUCUAUCCAGAUUUCAUAAGUUUUUCCGAAGAAGAAAGAAGGUUUUUUGAAAGGCAUUGGAUAGCGUACGGCGGCGACAUAGUGAAGUCAAUACGUUCUAUGGAAGUAGAUUAUGUGAUACAUAAAGAUAAGAGUAUAGAAUUUAGAAAGAUGCAAAAGUUAAGGAAAAAAGUGCCUGAAAAUGUAAGACAUGUGACGAAAAACUGGUUGAUAAAAUGUAUAAAUGAAGUUAAAUUAUGUGAUACGGCCAAAUAUGCAAUUACAGUUGAAUCGGAAUGUUAAAUUAUGAAUGUUGUGACUAGUCUAUAAGAUGUUGUUUUUGUUUCCAUUCAUUAUUAUAAUCUACAAUUAUUAUUUGUAUUGAAUUAUACUAAUUGCCUUAUUUA